UCGCGUUUUAAUUUGUGAACUUGAUCGUGAAAUCGAAUCGAAGUGUGCGGUUGCCGAAAAAAGGACUUAGUGAAUUGUGUGAUAGUGAAGAUAGUUUGCAAGUGAACUUUUAAUGGCUACGUUGGUUCGAAGCAUGGCAUUGGGACAGAAUAUUUAUAUACCAAAUGGAUCACCGAUCGGCCAGCAGACACCGGUAAAUCCUUACCGCAAGCGACCGAUAAUUCCAUCUUCAAUAAGUGUUGGAGGCGGACUCCAGCUGGGAUCCUUUAAGGAUCGUCCGAUUGCAUCCAAAAAAUAUUGUGCUAUACCGUACGCGGUCACUCCUCAACAGACGGUUUCGAUACAACGUCGCAACGCACGGGAGCGGAAUCGCGUGAAGCAGGUCAACAACGGAUUCGCUAAUCUACGCCAGCACCUUCCUUCGACUGUAGUUACCGCUUUGACCAACGGUGGCCGUGGUCCACAUAAAAAACUUAGCAAAGUAGACACACUGCGAGUAGCGGUGAAAUAUAUUCGAAGUCUUCAGCGUGUACUGGAAGAAGACAUUGAAAAUAAUGGCGAGUCUCCAAAAACGAACUUACAAGCUUUAUCACCGGUUUCCUACUACGGAUCGAUGUCUGAAACAUCGACCUCAUCUUCGCCGGCACCCUCGCAGUUGUCGGAAUAUUCGAGCUACAGCAGCCAACCGGAGAUUGGCACCUUCAAGCGGGAGCCUUACGAUGGAUAUUCAGCCACAAGUGUUUCUACGGAUUCCGUGCCUCCGCUGCCCAGUAUGACAAGUUUUAGUACCAGUGGAAUAUCCGGCACCGUUACUUACUCUCAGCCGAUACACCAUGUAUAUAAAGCUCAGCAGCAACUGAUCGGGUAUCAUCACGGGGAGCUGAGUCCUCAGAAUACCGAUGAUGAGGAACUGUUGGACGCGAUCUCCUGGUGGCAGCAGCAGCAGUAG